CAAGCGGCAAAUGUUGGUUUCAAGUUUAGCAACACCUGUAAUCUUCAUAUUCCGGCCAUAUUUUUGUUAAACAACACCCUAAUUCUUGCCAAUGUUUACCACUACAUAAAUUGUUCACAACAAUUAAUAAGAACUAUUAUGUCACGUCCACCACCCUCCUCCACAUCCGGUGGGGGAAAGCAAUUCCGUGCUGGGAUUGUUGGUAUUGAACGCCAACUGGAAAAACAGGCGAGAGAUACUGAGAAAAAUAUAUCCGAAGCCUUUCAAGACCUAAAUUCCCUCAUUGACAUGGCAAAGCCUAUGGUCAAAUUAGUUACCACAAUCUCAAAUAAAUUAAAGGAAAAACAAGGAAGUAUAACGGACGAUGAGACGGUUAUAUUUCGACAACAAUUGCUCAGCUUAGGUAUAAAAGAUCCAGUUACCAAGGCCAAAUUCGGAUCUGGUCACGUUUACUAUAAAAAUUUAGCUGUAGAAAUAUCCAAAGCGCUAGAAGGACAAGUGAAAGAGUCUGGAGGAAUGAUGAGCAUGGUCGAAGCAUAUUGUCGACUAAAUCGUGCUCGUGGGGUGGAACUCGUCUCUCCAGAGGAUUUGAUGAAUGCCUGCCUAAUGCUGGACAAACUAAAAUUACCUUUACAACUUAGAGAAUUUGAUACUAAAGUGAAAGUGUUACAGCAUGAAUCUUUCGAUGACGAUACGUGCAUUGCAGUCACCGUCUCAUUAGUCGAACAGUAUUUAUCCUUAACUCCAGAAGAACACGCCCGCAUAGCAGGAAUUCCCUUUAUCCUCGCCAAACAAAGUUUGAUACUAUCCGAAAAUUGUGGAAAACUAUGCCGUGAUGAAUCCAUUGAAGGGUUAAGGUUUUAUCCUAACUAUAUUCUGGAGGGUUUUCCUACGUGAGGACAUUCGUGAUCUUAUCUUGACACUUAUAUUAACUUCACACAGGACAAUGCAUGCAUAAAAUAUUAUUUUAUUUCGUUUUAAUCUAAAUAGUUAAGUAUCGCAUGAUUUUAAUUUGACGUUUUAAAAGUUUUAUUACCGAUAGGUUAUAAAAAUCAUAUAGUUUGCAAAUAAUACAAUAUAUGUAUAUUACGGUAUAAUGAUCAUGUAUUAUUAUAUUUCAUUAUAAUGUAGCACGAUAUAAUGAGGAAUUAUUUCAGCGUAUAAACGAAUUAUUCCAAUUUUUC